GGGUAGGUUGCACCUGUUGAGAGCCCCUAGCGGGCUGCGGGAGAAGACGAGUCAGUGGGGCAGUCGCUGCUGAGUGAGGAGUGCGGGGAGUUCGAGUCCCGCGGCUGGCCGAGCCGAGAGUUCCUGUCGGGUCGCUGUAGUUUUUCCGCGGGGUUGGCUGGGGAGCGGCGCCGCCGCCGGAGGAGAGAGGCUCACCAGGAGUUUGUCCAGAGUUCGGGUCCCGGCUCCCUCGCCGCGCCGCCGCCAUGCCCGUCUUCCACACCCGCACCAUCGAGAGCAUCCUGGAGCCCGUGGCGCAGCAGAUCUCCCACCUGGUCAUCAUGCACGAGGAGGGGGAGGUGGACGGCAAGGCCAUCCCGGACCUGACCGCCCCCGUGGCCGCAGUGCAGGCUGCCGUCAGCAACCUGGUCCGGGUUGGAAAAGAAACAGUGCAGACAACUGAAGACCAGAUUUUGAAAAGGGACAUGCCACCAGCCUUUAUCAAAGUGGAGAAUGCCUGCACUAAACUUGUCCAGGCAGCCCAGAUGCUGCAAGCAGAUCCUUAUUCAGUACCUGCUCGUGAUUAUCUCAUUGAUGGAUCAAGAGGCAUCCUCUCUGGUACAUCAGACUUGCUUCUAACAUUUGAUGAGGCUGAGGUCCGUAAAAUCAUCCGUGUCUGCAAAGGAAUUUUGGAAUACCUAACUGUAGCAGAGGUGGUAGAGACUAUGGAGGAUUUGGUGACAUACACAAAGAAUCUGGGUCCAGGAAUGACAAAGAUGGCCAAAAUGAUUGAUGAAAGACAGCAGGAAUUGACUCAUCAGGAACACAGAGUGAUGUUGGUGAACUCCAUGAACACUGUGAAGGAGCUGUUGCCUGUCCUUAUUUCAGCUAUGAAGAUUUUUGUAACUACUAAAAGUUCCAAAAGCCAAGGAAUAGAAGAGGCCUUGAAAAACCGCAAUUUCACAGUAGAGAAGAUGAGUGCUGAAAUAAAUGAGAUCAUCCGUGUGUUACAGCUCACUUCCUGGGAUGAGGAUGCCUGGGCUAGCAAGAAGGACACUGAAGCUAUGAAGAGAGCUUUGGCCUUAAUAGAUUCCAAGAUGAACCAGGCGAAGGGCUGGCUAAGGGAUCCCAAUGCAUCACCAGGGGAUGCUGGUGAGCAAGCUAUACGGCAGAUCCUUGAUGAAGCCGGAAAAGUGGGAGAACUGUGUGCAGGCAAAGAACGCAGAGAGAUUCUGGGAACCUGUAAAAUGCUAGGCCAGAUGACUGAUCAAGUGGCUGAUCUCCGAGCUAGAGGACAAGGUGCUACACCAAUGGCCAUGCAGAAAGCACAGCAGGUGUCUCAAGGUCUGGAUUUACUUACAGCAAAAGUGGAAAAUGCAGCCCACAAACUGGAGGCCAUGACUAACUCUAAACAGGCGAUUGCUAAAAAAAUUGAUGCUGCUCAGAACUGGCUCGCAGACCCUAAUGGGGGAAGUGAAGGGGAAGAACAAAUUCGGGGAAUUAUGGCCGAAGCCAGGAAAAUUGCAGAACUCUGUGAGGACCCCAAAGAUAGAGAUGAUAUUCUGCGUUCCCUGGGAGAAAUCUCUGCUCUGACAGCUAAACUGUCAGAUCUACGAAGACAUGGGAAAGGAGACUCUCCAGAGGCCCGGGUACUGGCUAAGCAAGUAGCUACAUCACUGCAGAAUUUACAGUCUAAAACAAACAGGGCCGUAGCAAACACCAGGCCAGUUAAGGCAGCUGUUCAUUUGGAGGGCAAGAUUGAGCAAGCUCAAAGGUGGAUUGACAGUCCAACAGUUGAUGACCGUGGAGUAGGCCAGGCUGCAAUCCGGGGACUGGUGGCUGAAGGUCGUCGUUUAGCCAAUGUCAUGAUAGGACCUUAUCGUCAAGAUCUCCUUGCCAAAUGUGAUCGUGUAGAACAGCUGGCUGCCCAGCUAGCUGAUCUGGCAGCAAGAGGAGAAGGAGAGUCUCCUCAGGCUAGGGCGAUUGCCACUCAGCUCCAGGAUUCUUUGAAGGAUCUGAAAACAAGGAUGCAAGAAGCUAUGACCCAGGAGGUUUCUGAUAUUUUUAGUGACACUACAACCCCAAUUAAACUAUUGGCAGUGGCAGCCACUGCACCUCCUGAUGCGCCCAAUAGGGAUGAGGUGUUUGAUGAAAGGGCAGCAAACUUUGAAAACCAUGCUGCGAGACUUGGAGCAACAGCAGAAAAAGCAGCUGCUGUUGGAACUGCUAAUAAAACCACUGUGGAAGGCAUUCAGGCAGCUGUUAAAUCAGCAAGAGAACUCACGCCGCAGGUAAUAUCUGCUGCUCGUAUUCUCUUAAGAAACCCUGGAAAUCAAGCUGCUUAUGAACAUUUUGAGACCAUGAAAAACCAAUGGAUUGAUAAUGUGGAAAAAAUGACAGGGUUGGUAGAUGAAGCAAUUGAUACCAAGUCUCUGUUGGAUGCAUCAGAAGAAGCUAUUAAGAAAGACCUAGAUAAAUGUAAAGUUGCAAUGGCCAAUAUCCAACCUCAGAUGCUUGUAGCUGGUGCCACCAGCAUUGCUCGGCGAGCAAACCGGAUUCUGUUGGUGGCAAAGAAGGAGGUUGAAAAUUCAGAGGAUCUCAAAUUCCGUGAAGCUGUUAAGGCAGCCUCUGACGACUUAAGCAAAACUAUAUCACCAAUGGUAAUGGAUGCUAAAGCUGUGGCAGGAAACAUUUCCGAUCCUGGUUUGCAGAAGAGCUUCCUGGAUUCUGGAUAUAGGAUUCUGGGAGCUGUGGCAAAAGUCAGAGAAGCCUUCCAGCCUCAAGAACCUGAUUUCCCUCCUCCUCCUCCCCCUGACAUUGAGCAGCUUCAUCUGACUGAUGAACUUGCGCCUCCAAAACCACCCCUUCCAGAGGGUGAAGUUCCACCACCCAGACCACCUCCUCCCGAAGAGAAGGAUGAAGAGUUCCCAGAGCAGAAAGCGGGAGAGGUGAUUAAUCAGCCCAUGAUGAUGGCAGCUAGGCAGCUACACGAUGAAGCCCGAAAAUGGUCUAGCAAGCCUAAUGAAGCCACUGAGGCUGAUGUAGAUGUAGAUGAGCAGGAGGAUACAGAUGAUGUUGAAUUCACUCUCCCCUCUGACACUGAAGAUGAUUACGAGCCUGAGCUGCUGUUAAUGCCAACCAGUCAGCCUGUUAACCAGCCCAUUCUGGCCGCUGCUCAGUCUCUGCAUCGGGAAGCAACCAAGUGGUCUAGUAAGGGUAAUGAUAUAAUUGCUGCUGCAAAGCGAAUGGCCCUGCUGAUGGCAGAGAUGUCCCGCCUAGUGAGAGGUGUCAGUGGAAACAAGCGCGCCCUUAUUCAGUGUGCCAAGGAUAUUGCUAAAGCAUCGGAUGAAGUGACUCGAUUGGCCAAGGAGGUGGCAAAGCAGUGCACUGACAAGCGCAUUAGAACAAACCUCUUGCAGGUCUGUGAGCGAAUCCCAACCAUCAGCACACAACUCAAAAUUCUCUCCACUGUUAAAGCUACUAUGUUGGGUAGGACGAACAUCAGUGAUGAAGAGUCAGAACAGGCUACUGAGAUGUUGGUUCACAAUGCCCAGAACCUUAUGCAAUCUGUAAAGGAGACUGUGAGAGAAGCAGAAGCAGCGUCUAUUAAGAUUAGAACAGAUGCUGGAUUCACUCUUCGCUGGGUUAGAAAGACUCCUUGGUAUCAGUAAACAACUGCCAACUAACAUUAUCUUCUGUAAUAUAAAAAGCCUUUUUGAAGCAGAAGAGAAUUUAACAGCAAAAUGUGCUGUAAACAUGAUC